GCGCUCGUGGAAAAAAUGACAGAGAAGUCAAUUCUUCGUCCAGCAUCGCAGGAGGAGCGGCUGCAGUCUUUCCCUCUACUGAGAAGACCCAGACCACCUCCUCAGCCGGUACAGAAGCCUUGCAGAGGCGCGUUCUCGAACGAAGCGAGACGACGGUUUGUGGGACCCGGAGAAAAAGUGCCAGGUACGUUUGGCUCGGGUCUGCAGGAGAAACUCGGGAGCGUUUCUACUCCCCUACACCCUCUCCCGCGUCACCAUCCCACCCCCACGUCCCCACACCGUCACCCUAGCUCCUCCCGUCGCCUCCACCACCAUCCGAACAUUCGUGAAGAGGACAGCUCGGACCAACACCACGUCGGAGGUCCCCCGCCUUUCCCACAGAGAAAAUCAAAGACUCACAGGGGCAAAAGGUGCUCAACCAAGCAGAAAUCAGACAGAAAAGAACGAAAGGUCCCAGAUAUUGAAGAGGCUCUUUCUCCAGAGCCAGAAGUAGAUGAUAAUGAGUUUGCCCCCCUGUUUUCUGACCUUGACGAGGCUGAGGAAGCAGCUCUGUAUGAACCUCCGCGAACGCGACUGAGAGAGAAGGUCCUCUCGCGACAGAACUACCUAAAGCUUACCGGAUGGUUUGCAACUCACAUUCCUCGACAAGACACACUCAACACAAUGAUUCUCACUGUGGAUCAUAGUGUUCCGAAUGGAAGAAAACCGCACCACCAAAUGUUGCUUGAGCUGGAAGCAAUGGUGUCAGUUGCCCUGGCCGAGUCACGGAGAGCAGGGACUGAGGAAGAGGGAGGGAGAGAGAGGCAACAACUACUGUGGCCCUCCCCAAACCCUGGUGACAUUGUCUUCAGAUCUUCUACCUCACGCUACUUCUGUGGGGAGGGUCGCAGUAAUUCUCCCUUUGAUAGUGGGGAUCAGCCGCUCAUAUCUCCAUCAGAAGUGGCCAUUCUUGAGAGUAUGUUGGAGGGAGGGUUCAGGUUGAGUCUGAAGGCACACUUUCUUGUGUCCCUUCCUCCCCUCUCCCCUCUCUCCCUCACCCUCACUUGCCUCAAUCUGUCAUUCAAUGGCCUCAGAGUUUUUCCUGCUGAAAUUUUGGAGCUCACUCAACUGAGAGUACUGAGAAUGAGAAACAAUCCAGUGCAGCAUAUACCAAACGAUAUCAAGCGGCUCGAAAAACUAGAGGACUUUUGUAUCUCAUUCAACGCUCUCACAAGUCUUCCUUCAGGUCUGUUUGAGCUACCAUCACUCCAAACACUCGAUGUUUCUCACAACUCCAUACAACAUCUUUCCCGAAACAUCUCCAAACUCAGGACACUUCAACGGCUGAACGUUGAGAGCAACGAGCUGAUUGGACUGCCUCCCUCCCUCCUCUCCCUCCCUCUCACCCACCUCCACAUAUCAGGCAACUACCUACACCCUUUCCUCUGGAGAGAAAACUGCCGAUCACCGCCACAGGCACUGGUAGAUAUGUGCUGUACUGUUGUGAAUGCAUUAGCCAUGGAAAGAGAUGAAGGACUGCCGUAUGCCAUCAGAGAAAUUCUUGAUUGCAGGAGAUCCCCGUGCGAUGAGAACCUCUGUGAUUUCUGCAGGGGGCCAAUUUUUGGGCCCGGCCUGAAGGUAGUGAGGUCCACAAGACCAGCAAAAAACUUCAGAUUCCCACUGACGACGUCAUUCCGAGUCCCUGUCCUCUACCGCGCAUGCUCACAGACUUGUGCGAGGACUAAUUAGUGAUUUUGACGUCAUUACCGAAUUUGUUUCCGUUUCCGUAUGUGACGUCAUUUUAAUUCCGCGGAGCGAAUGUGCCCCCGAAAGAGAGCUGGAGGGAGGCGCACGUUAGCUGCUUUAGGGAAAGAGAGACGCAGUUGUGGUAGACUAUGGCGGCCGUGGAGGGUGGGACAGAGGAGGAGAAACAGCAGCUGAUGAACAAGGAAGAGAUUCCGGAAGCCAAGAAGCUUUCCAAGCGGGACGGGACUAGAGUUUUCAAGAAAACAUCACCCAACGGAAAGGUACUGUUUUCUCCCUUUUCCCCUCAGCUUCAACAAGACUAGACGUGCUUGUUUCCUGUUAUCUAUAUAUGGCCUUGUUUUCAUGUUUGGUACAUGUUUGUUUCUUGCAGAUAACCGUCUACGUUGGCAAGCGAGACUUUGUCGAUCAUGUUACGAAAGUCGACCCUAUCGAUGGUGUGGUACUCAUCGACCCAGAGUACUUUGGCAGAGAUGGAAAGAAAGAUAGGAAAGUGUUUUCCCGUUUGUUUUUUCUGAUAUUCAGAGACGACUGGACGUUCUGGACUCACUCUGAACAGACGUGACCUCAUCGACGUAGAGGAUGCAGGCUAAUACCCACAGACCAUCUCAACCUCAGCUCCUCACUCUCUUACAAGUCAGACUUCUCAAGAAACUCGGAAGGAACGCCUACCCGUUCACAUUCUCACUAAACCGAGGUCUGCCAUCUUCAGUGUCCCUUCAGCCAGGACAGGGAGAGGCUGACAAACCAUGUGGAGUAGACUUCAUCCUCAGGUGCUUCAUCGGAAAACUACCUGAAGACAAGAUCGAGAAAAGAAAUUCUGUUCGUCUGGCUAUCAAGAAGAUAACCCACGCACCUGAAGAACAGACGCAAAGACCAACCACCGACGUAUCCAAAGAUUUCAUGCUCAGCUCUCAUCCACUGCUGGUGGAGGCCAACCUUGACAAAGGGACGUACUCUCACGGAGAGCCGAUCAAAGUAAACAUCUCAAUCGCUAACAGAUCCUCAAAAACUGUCAAGAAAAUCAGAGUCCAAGUGAGACAGUUUGCGUCAAUAUGCCUCUUUGCUCAGUCGGAGUACAAGUGUGUAGUGGCCCAAGUGGAUUCCGAUGAUGGGUUCCCAGUUCACGCGGGUGGGGCUCUACAAAAGACGUAUGAAAUGACCCCUCUACUCAGUGACAAUAGAGACAAGAGAGGGCUGGCACUGGACGGGCAGAUCAAGCACGAAGAUACAUGUCUAGCCUCUUCCACCAUUCUCCCAGAGGGGGUGGUGGAGACGAGGGAGACGAGAGAGAAAAUGGGGAUCAUGGUCCACUACAACGUCAAAGUCAGAUGCGUCGUCUCUUUUGGAAAAGACUUGACCCUGGAGCUCCCAUUUACUCUAACUAAUCCGAAACCCGCUAAACCGGUUAUAAGCCAGAUGGUGACCCUGCCGUACAAGUCUCCGGCUGGUAAGACGAGCGAGGGGGGAGAUGGAGGAGGAGGAGAGGGAGGGGAGAAGAAGGGAGAGGGGGAGGAGGGAAAGACAGCUGCUGAUGGAGCAGAGGAGGCGAAAGUCAAUGGAGAGAUGGAAAACGCAAUGAUGUCACAGAACUCAGUUCACGAUCUCAUUGACCACAACCUCAUUACGUUUGACGCAGAGCACGAAGCAGGAGAAGGCGAUGCUGAUUUCGUCUUUGAAGAAUUCGUGCGAUUGAGAGUAGCUGGCCUCAUGGAGGAGAGUAACGAGACUGAUGCCUAGGGGCUCCCCGCCUAAUUAACUGCUAAUUAAUUGGAAUACCACCUCAGAUCAUCAAGAUUAUUAAUUUUUAUUUUGUUUCCCGCUGAAUAAGUAAAAAUAGUACGUACUGCCGUUUCUGUACGUCCCCUGUAAAAUAUG